AGACAGCUAAAUUCUGAGCCUGAAGCCCCACAAUCCACGUUAACAAAAAUUCCUUUAUAACCAGGGUUUUGGCACACAAUGAAGGAACAGUUGAGAGGACUCUGCAGCAGGAGUGUACAGUGGGACUGCAGCACAGCCAGCAAAAUGAUCUUCAAAAGUCUUAUACUUUGGGUGCACUUUUUAAUCCUGUAUGUGUCCUGUGAUUCAGGACCCCUGGAAGAUAUUGUCAUAGACCGUUAUGACAUCCCCAAAAUAUGUCCCAGAGAAGCACAAAUGGGAGAUUUUGUCAGAUAUCAUUACAACGGGACUUUUAAAGAUGGCCAGAAAUUUGACUCCAGCUACGAUAGAGGAUUGGCAGUUGCUGGAUAUGUUGGUGUCGGAAGGCUGAUCACGGGACUGGACAGGGGGAUUCUGGGUAUGUGCGUGAACGAGAGACGAAAAUUGAUCGUACCGCCACACUUGGGAUAUGGCAGCAUAGGCGUGCCUGGGAUGAUUCCCGCUGAUGCCACGUUAUUCUUUGACAUUAUCUUGGUUGACAUAUGGAACAAGAAUGACGAGGUGCAAACUACAACCCUAGAAAAGCCCAACGACUGCAACAGGACCGUGCAGGACUCUGACUUUGUGAGAUAUCAUUAUAAUGGCACUCUUCUGGAUGGAACAUUCUUUGACUCCAGUUACAGUAGAUCAUCUACGUAUAAUACGUACGUGGGAUCAGGUUGGCUGAUUAAGGGCAUGGAUCAAGGUUUGAUUGGAAUGUGCUCUGGAGAGAGAAGGAAAAUCAUCGUUCCACCAUUCCUAGGUUACGGAGAAAAGGGAUACGGAACGGUCAUACCACCACAGUCCUCUCUGGUGUUUUACGUCAUACUGAUAGACGUUCACAACCCCAAAGAUGGGAUCACUCUUAAGAACCAGGUCGUUCCCAAGAUUUGUAAUCGCAAGGCCGUCACAGGAGAUUAUGUCCGCUAUCAUUACAAUGGCACACUUAUGGAUGGAGUAUUAUUUGAUUCCAGUUAUUCCAGGAACAGUACAUAUAACACCUAUAUCGGCAUGGGGUACAUCAUUCAAGGCAUGGAUGCAGGUCUACAAGGUGUCUGUAUAGGGGAGAAGAGGAGAAUUAUUAUCCCACCACACUUGGGAUAUGGGGAGACUGGUGUAGCUAACAGUAUUCCUGGAUCAGCAGUGUUGGUUUUUGAUGUUCACAUUAUCGAUUUCCACAAUCCAAAGGACUCUGUGGAGAUAGAGGUCACGUACAAACCAGAAGUGUGCAAUAUUACCUCCAAAAAGGGUGACUACAUUAAGUAUCAUUACAACUGCUCUCUUUUGGAUGGGACUCUGCUCUUCUCAUCGCACGACUAUGAUAAUAUGCAACAAGUUACCCUUGGGAGAAACAAAGUUAUUGACGGUCUAGACACUGGUCUACAGGGAAUGUGUGUUGGAGAGCGAAGGACCGUCCGUGUCCCUCCACACUUGGCACACGGAGAAAGUGGAGCUCGUGGAGUACCAUCAAGUGCUGUGCUACAUUUCGAACUGGAACUGCUCCAUUUGGAAGAAGGUGUCCCAGAAGGAUAUCUGUUUGUCUGGUUAGAAGACACUCCUGAUAACCUUUUUGAAGCUAUGGACCUGGACAAGAAUGAAGAGGUUCCUUUGGAAGAGUUCUCGACCUUUCUCAAGACUCAAGCUUCUGAAGGGAAGGGACGUUUCGUGCCAGGAGUGGAACCUGAUCAGUCCAUUGAAGAUAUGUUUGUAAAUCAGGACAGAAAUAAGGAUGGGAAGAUAACUCCAGAUGAGUUAAAACUGAAGAACGAUGAAGAUGCAGGGAAUGUUCAUGAAGAACUUUAGACUGCUUUGGCCUGAUUGAGUAAGGAGGCCCCUUGAAGCCUAAGAAAGUCAGCCUAGUUGAUGAUGCGUCCAACUGAACCAUGGUGCCUUAUUCAUGCUAAAGCUCUGCACUGGGCUGGCUUCUGUUGCUGCUCCACCUUAUUACAGAAAGUGUCAAAUGCACCAUUUUUUUUUUUAACUUGUGUUGCAUCCACUGGCUGUGAAUAGGACAUGGCAGCUAUACAGAAUAUUAUCCACUACGGUGGAGAAAACAUGCUCCAAAAUUUUCUUUACAAAUUAGGAAAGUGCUUGUGGCUUGCAUUAUUCCUUUAGCAACUCAAUCAAAUUUUUAUUUUUAAAAUAUUUUUACCAAUACCCCACCUGGUUGUGUGCCCGUACCUUUAUUAUU